AUGGCUUGGGGCGAUGAGCGCACUCCACUGAGCCGAAAGCUUUUGGCAGUGCCCUUCGUGGGGAAGGACACCCCCAGUGUGUCCUCGGAAUUCUCCCAUCCAGACGUGACGAUCGGCUUCACCAUUUUGGCUUACCGAUUGAACGGGCUUCGUGAAAGGGAUGUUCGAACCCUUCUCAAGGUGCUGCUGGAGGAGAUGCGCGCCGAAGGUGCUGUGCACUUUCAUCGCCGAGCCGCCUGCCAGGCCUAUGUGACGAUGAUUGUGCGAGCUGGCGGCAAAGUCCGCGGGUUCACCGAGGACGGUCGAUGGGUGGGCGACUUGAAAGAUGACGAGCAUCAUCGUCGUCGGGCAGAUUCACUCGCGAAGUCGCCACAUCCCGUCGCCAACUCAGGUGUCGAGGAUGCGGUCGACAGGCGGAAUGUGUGGCCCUUGGAGCUGCUGGACAUCAACGACCCAGAGCAAGUUCAGCUUGUCUACGAUGUGCUGCGCUACUCCCCCAUGGCAAUCCGUCACCUGCUGGAGCACCAUGUCUUUCUCGCAGGAACAUUGGAUCGCAACGAGACUCAACUUACUGCUUGUGGCCAGGAGCUGGCUGGGCCGCAACUUUUCAAGCAAUGCCUUGGCUUCAGUGGCACUCCCAAUGACCUGCUGCCAAAGUCGAUGGGACGCUGUAUCUACGCUGAGGGUGACGACGGUAAAGUGCUCCAGGUCCUCAGUUCCACUCAACACGUGUCCGUUGUGGAGCUCGGACGCUGGAGUCCCGUGCAGAUCCUGGACAUCGUAGCGAAAACGCGCAGCAGCCGGGGUAACAGGCCGAAGUAUCAUGCGCUCAUCGACUCAGGUGCCCUAGUCACUGGCAUGACGAAUCGAGAAGUUGCAGAGUAUCUUCUCGAAAAUGGUCUCGAAGGUCUUGAUGGAGUUCUGUUCCUGGAUGAGCGGGACGAGAGGGUCGUACUGGAACGUGACAGUCGACGCGUGGUGGAGCUGGCCCAGUGUGGCUUGGUCCCAGAUCAGCGCUUCAGCUUUUACGAUCACGUGCACACCACGGGUAUGGACGUGAAGCAGCCGCUGCUUUGCACAGCCGCCCUGACUUUGAGCAAGGACAUGACCUUGCGGGACUACGCACAAGGCGCCUAUCGAAUGCGCGGCAUAGGACGCGGCCAGCGCAUUGACCUCCUUGUGACGCCCGAGGUCAGUGCGCUCAUGAACAAGUCCCUCAGCAGGGUCGCGCAGCUGAGCGAAGAGGCACGAUCGAGAAGUCUCGCCGAUCUCAAGAAGAAGAAGGAGGCCUGGGCACAGCUCGUGCUGGUGGAUGUCAUCACCUGGCUCGUGGUCAACGGCCUUGCAGCAGAGGCCAGCAAGCGCCAGCUUCUGCACCAGCAGGACCUCCGGAAUCUCUGGCGAAGUGCCGCUUGCCGGGCGGCCUGGAAAUAG